AUGGCGCGGUCGAUGCUCACAAGGCGGAUAUGGUCGGCGCCGCUUGCCACGAAGCCGUCACUCUUGGGCGAGCACCUCAAGGAAGCGGAUCCGGAGAUUUACCAAAUCCUGCAAAGGGAAAUCCGGCGACAAAGGCACUUCAUCAACCUCAUCCCAUCCGAGAACUUCACGUCACAGGCUGUGCUUGAUGCUCUCGGGAGCGUGAUGCAAAAUAAAUACUCCGAGGGCUAUCCCGGAGCAAGGUACUACGGCGGCAACGAACAUAUCGAUGAGUCUGAAACACUGUGUCAGAAGCGAGCUCUUGAGACGUACCGUCUCAAUCCUCAGGAAUGGGGGGUUAAUGUUCAGCCCCUAUCUGGCUCUCCCGCAAAUCUGUACGCCUAUUCGGCUUUGCUCAACACCCACGACCGGAUAAUGGGACUUGACCUUCCACACGGUGGCCACUUGUCUCAUGGCUACCAGACCCCAACCAAGAAAAUCUCCAUGAUCUCCAAGUAUUUCGAGACGUUCCCGUAUCGCCUUGACGAGUCCACGGGACUGAUCGACUACGAUAAGCUGCUGGAGAAUGCCCUGCUGUAUCGACCCAAGAUUAUCAUUUCUGGCACUUCUGCUUAUAGCAGACUGAUCGACUACGAGCGGAUGCGCUCCAUUGCUGAUCAAGCAGGUGCCUACCUCUUGUCCGACAUGGCUCACGUCUCUGGGCUGGUUGCUGCGGACGUGAUCCCCUCGCCAUUCCAAUACUCUGACGUUGUCACCACCACAACCCACAAGUCCCUGCGUGGGCCUCGCGGAGCGAUGAUAUUCUACCGUAAAGGCGUCCGUCGAACGACCAAAAAGGGCGAGAAGGAAAUGUACGAUCUCGAAGGACCCAUCAACGCGUCUGUGUUCCCGGGUCAUCAGGGAGGCCCUCAUAAUCAUACCAUCACGGCUCUUGCGGUAGCGUUGAAGCAGGCUCAGUCGAAAGAAUUCAAGGAAUACCAGAAGACCGUCCUUGCAAACGCGAAGUCUUUGGCCGAGAGACUGGGCAAUUCUGCGUAUACAGGUGGCCUAGGCUAUAACAUUGUCAGUGGUGGGACAGACAAUCAUUUAGUCCUUGUGGAUCUGAAGUCUAAGGACAUUGAUGGCGCUCGUGUGGAACGUGUGCUUGAACUCUGCGGCGUGGCCGCCAACAAGAAUACCGUCCCGGGCGACAAGUCGGCUCUCAAACCCGGUGGCCUGAGGAUGGGUUCGCCGGCGAUGACAACCCGCGGGUUUCAACCGAGUGACUUUGCGCGCGUGGCCGAGAUAGUGGAUCGCGCGGUGGCGAUCGCAAUCAAGGUUGACAAGAAUGCGCGGUCAGAUGCCGAGGGGAAGGGGAAGAAGAACCCGCGCACCGUGAAGAGCUUCUUGGAGUUUCUAAAAGAUGGCACGGACGUGGCGGAGAUCUUGACGUUGCGGCAGGAGGUCGAGGACUGGGUUGGCACUUUUCCGGAGCCGUGGGUGGCGAACGGGGCGGCGUGA